AUGAUAAUUCACUCAUGUUCUGCUUGGCCCCCUGGAGAAUUUAUCCACAGUAGAGGAGACCCUGGUAUGGGACAAGAAUCUAUUGCCAAAAUAGCUGAAGUUCUAUCUACUCCGCAAAUCGAACAGUUUUACAUUCCACUCCUGAAACGGCUCUCACAGGGAGAGUGGUUUACAUCGUGCACCUCUUCUGCUGCGCUGUAUCCUCCAGUUUACAACAAAGUAUCGUGGUCAAUCCAGGAGGAUCUCCGGAAGGGCUUCGCCGCUCUGGGUGCAGAUGAUACACCUAUGGUCAGAUGUGCUGCAGCAAAGUGGCUCAGGCCAUUUGUCAAAAACCUGUCAAAGCAACAUGUCUUGUCGGGUGGGCUACCUAUCUACCGCAGACUCCAAUCCGAUGAUCAGGAUUUUGUACACUUACUCACAGUAGAAGACCUUAUUGUUAUCGCGAAGCAACUUACGCCACCUGAGCUCACAGAAGUCAUCGGCACCGAGUUGGUCAGGGAGGAGUUAAUAGGACAAUAUGUGCAGCUUUUGAAAGAUAACGAGGCAGAAGUUCGCACAGCAGCUGCAGGCCAGAUCCCAGGGUUUUCGAAAUUGCUCGAGAAGGAAGUCAUCCUUGCACGCAUCGUGCCUUGCGUGCGUGACCUCUCGCACAACGCGUCUCAGCAUGUGCGAGCCACUCUUGCAAACCAUACUAUCAGUGGCCUUGCACCGCUCUUGGGCAGAGAAGCUACUAUUGAGCAUCUCUUACCCUUGUUCCUUCAUCUAUGA